AAUUAUAUAGGAUCUUCAUUCAUUUAGUUGAGAAUGAAAUUGAGCCCCACACUUUAUACAAAAAGUCCACAAAAAUUUGUAUUAUAUGCAAACACUUAGCUAGCAACCACAAUGGAUUGGAAAAAAGAAAACCCUGUUGAAUUCUCCAAUUAACCACAUGAUCUGUUUUGUGGGAAUAAAAAUGGAAAGCAAAAGCUCUGAUCUUUACUGUACUGUUGGAAUUCUCCUCAAAAACCCACAAUCUGAUCCGUUUGAAGAACCUCCAGGAGAAGGUUAAAGGGAUAUUCUUCUUCUUCUUCUUCUUCUUCUUGUUGAUUUUCUCUGUUUUUCAGUACUAAAUGGGAUACGUUCUUUAUUCUUUUCUCUUCUUUUGAGUUUUUGACAAAGUCACAUGGACAUUUGGACAGUUUGAGACCCACCCACAUCCGCAUUCCACAUGGAUGCCUCAGAUAUGGCCGAUUAGAUUGGGGCACAUUUGAUCUGACCCACUAGUUACAUCUCUCUCUCUCUCUCUCUCUCUCUCUCUCUCUCUCUCUCUCUCUCUCUCUUCUCGUUAUUGUUUUAUUUUGUUGACCAGUCUUCUCUGAUUGUUAUACAAUUCAUGCUUUCUUCUACCUGUUUUUAUAUUCACUUAUAGUAAUACAUUCAAUUGUAGGACGCCGGGAGAAAAUUCCUAUUACCGGUUUUCUCUUUGAUUCUUUUUCCCAUUAUAAGUAAUUGCUGAUACUUUGAAUGUUCUGUAUUUGCCUUCGAAAUCAGAUGAUUCUUGUUUUGUUUCUGGGUCUCUUCUUCUACUUGGUUUGAUUCUCUAGAGGUGUCGUCUUUCUUUUGUUGCUUUGAAGUAUUAUGAUAUUGGGAGUAUUCCAUGCCAUACCCAAUUGGUAAAUUUUGUGGGAUCAAGAUUUGCAUUGCAAAAUCAGUGUGGUGUGAUCUGAGAGAGAUUGGUGUUUUGAGAAGUAAUUAGCUGGAAAAAGAUCUGUUGAUUUAAUACAUGGUAUAAACAAGGAAGUAUUUCAAAUUUUAUUAUAUACAGCCUUUACUCUUUCCAUUUUGAGACUGAUAGGGGAGUAUAGAUUAUGCUUAAACUUCUCAUAUUUAAGGCGAGGCACGAAAAAGAGAAGGAAUUCAGAUUCUUGUUGAGCACUCCAGUCCCAGAAACUGAUGUGUUGAUUUAUUCUGGGAUCAUAAUGAAGCUCAGAAUUCUCAAUAUCGAGACUCAAAAGGCACAAGUUUUUGAUAUGGAAGUUCAAUCUUAGAGGUCUAAGGAGAAACUUUUGGAGUGUAAUUUGUUAGUCAUUUGAGAAGUGAAUAGUAGAUAUGGCUGGAAAACUUCUACACUCCUUGGCAGAUGACAAUCCUGAUUUGCGCAAGCAAAUAGGAUGUAUGACUGGUAUUUUCAACCUAUUUGAUCGUCACAAUGCGAUCACCACGAAGCGAAUUAGUCACAAGAGGCUUCCUCCUGGUCAUUCCCAAUCAAAUCCUGGCGAGUUGGUUGGUACUGUACAUCAAGAGAAACCAAAUGAGUCAAGUCUGAAUGAGAAUGUGAAUAACAAGCAAAGCAUGCCUGCAGAAUCAUCCAGAGACUCUCUCUCCUCCUGUUCAUCAUCUUUGUCCUCUAUGGACUGCAAUAAAACUACACAACUAGAAGCCUUGUCCUUUUCCAGGACCAAUAUUGUUGAAAGUCCCUCAAUAGGGUUGCCAUUGGACCCCUUGAAUACCUAUAACUAUUCAGAGAGGCACCCAUUCAAUAUCAAACAUGUAGUACAAGAUUCUAUGCAUAGAGAAGUAAGAACAUCAUUUGUUAAAAUGACAGACGAUGAUGACUUUGGUUAUAAUGUAAAACAUAGAGACUCUCCAAGACCCCCUCCAAUGUCCAAAUGUGCAGAAGUUUCUUCAAGGGUUGCAAGAAGACAUAAACAAGAUGUUCCAAUUGAUAUUGAGGAAUCUUUUAGAGUUCUCGCUAAACUAAAAGAUGCAUCCUGGAACUUCAAUCAAGCUACGAGAUGUCCAACAUCAGCAUGUGAAACUGAAGCAACACAUGAAAAGAAUUUACUUUCAAGGGAUUUGCGGCGGCUUUCUUAUGAUGGUAGAGAAAGAAGUCAAUCCUCCUUUGAAUCAAGAAACCCCAAGUCAAGCCCUAAACUGAAAGAGCUCCCUAGACUAUCACUGGACAGCAGGGAGACUUCUGCAUGUAGGAAUUUUCAAAAUACUAGCGGCUCUACUGAUGAAUCCCCCGAUCUACAUCAUUCUUCUGGCAAUCAGAAGCGGCUGCCUAGUGUUGUAGCAAAAUUGAUGGGUCUAGAAACAUUGCCCGAUACAUUUUCGACUGCAGAUACUCAAUAUUGUGGUGAAACUUUGACAAAAUCAUUAGAAUCUAGAAAACUGAAAAUAUCUGCCUCCGACAAAAGCUUAUCUAAAUGCCCAACUUCACCAAGGCGAAAAAAUCAUGAUUUGAUUAGGAAACCUAUUCAAACUUCUAGGCUCCCUGUUGAAACUGCACCUUGGAGGAAGCUAGAUGGAACUCGAGUUACUAAAAGCAUAGCUCUUAGGCAUGUAAAAAGUCCAGGACCAAGCUCCACCCCUGCAGUUCAUGGUGAAGUCGAGAUGAAGCUGAAAGAUCUUGAAUUUGAACAAUCCAGUAAGGAUCUGAGAUCACUUAAAAAAAUACUUGAGGCAAUUCAAAGUAGGGCACUAUCAGAAAUUGAAAACGGAGAGCGAACUUCAGUUUUUGGAAUUCAAAGGAACCAAGAACCAAUUUCUUCUAGUCCCAAUCAAAAAACCAGGUUGAUGAGCCAGCGAAACAGACGGAGCAGUGUAGUUGUUACCUCCACUUCUUGUGCACCUAAUUAUUCAAAGGCAUAUGAACCUCCAAUUAUCAUCAUGAGACCUGCUAAACCUGUUGAAAAAUCAGUUAUAUCAACCCCAGUGAUUCAAAUGGAUCGCUUCCCUGUUCCCCAUAAGCUUCAAAAUGAAGGAUUUGAGGAUAAUAAAAAGGGCUCUAACAAUGGCGAAACCAGAGCACGCGUUCCUAAAAGCACACAGAAGAAGCUUGCUGUCAUUACCCCCGAGAAGAAGUCAAUUUCUAGAAAUAUACGAUCGCCUCAAACUUCUUCAAAACCUCAACUUGCACCUAAAGAAAGAAACAAAAACUCAAUAAAAAGUUCAGAUUCUGUUAGUCCAAGACUGAGACAUGGGAAGUUUGAGGUGGAGAAACGAUCUCAUCCCCCUAAAUCUGAUGCAAACAAAUCCAAAAGGAGAAUGAAGCAGACAGAUUCGAGUUCACACUGUGGAAAGAUAAAACCCACGUCUUCCAAUAUAAGACAGUGUGAUGAUCCAUCGAGUGAAAUGAGCAAUGAACCAGGAAUUCUGAGUUACCAAAGUGAUGACAUGACCCAACGAUCAGAUGCUAGUUUAUCCUUGGAUUCAAAGAUGGAUGUUGAGGUGACCAGCAGCACGCAAUCAACCGAGAUUGAUGACAGCCAACAAGCCACGGAGACUGUUGAACUCUUAACACCUUGCUCAGUUAAAAAGUUAUCAAUGGUGGCCAGUAGUGAAGAUGGGUCGACGGUAGAACAAGAUGCAAUAGCACUAGAGCAUCCCAGUCCUGUCUCUGUUCUCGAUGGCUCGUUAUAUAGAGAUGAUGAAGCAUCUCCUGUGAAAAAAAUUACGAUUUCACUUCAUGGUGAUGAAUCACUAGAUUCUAUUGAGAGGCGCAGUGAAGACCAGUGCAACAUUUCAGAUGACAUCUUUGUAAAUCCUUUGGUUUUAAAUCAUAAUGUGGAGAUAGACAGUAUGAAUUUUGAAAAUAUUGGAGAUCUGAUUCGGAAGUUUGGCCAUUUGAACUCGCAUCAUGAUGAAGGAGAAAAAGAUUAUAACCGAUUGUUGUGUGAGAAUACUAGUCCAGAUCACAUAUACAUAUCGGAGAUACUAUUAGCUUCCGGUAUUCUACUCCGAGAUCUAGGCUCUGACCUGACCACAUUUCAGCUUCAUCCUUAUGGUAAUCCCAUCGAUCAAGAGUUAUUCUUCGUUUUGGAGAAAACAAAGGUGGGUGGCCUACUGCCGAAAGAAGGGUUCAGCCCAGCAAGAGCUUCCUAUUCAAACAGGGAGAAAUUUGAUAGGAAGCUCAUAUUUGAUGCUGUAAAUGAGAUACUAAGUGAACAUUUGGCUCUCAUUGAUGGUGGUUCUCCUGAGCCAUGGUUGAAACCAACAAAGAUUGCAAAAGAAGCUUUUAGCGGGCAAAAGAUUUUGAAGCAUUUGUGUAAUGAAAUAGAACAGUUUCAAGCUAAGAAGUUCAGAUGCAACUUCGACAACAUGAAGGAUGACUCAAUGAGCAUUCUGCAAGACGAUUUGAUGCGCCAAUCAAGGAGUUGGACAAAUUUCCAAGGUGACGUCUAUGAUGUUGUGUUAGAUGUCGAGCGGUCAAUAUUCAAAGACUUGGUUAAUGAGAUCAUUGUUUGGUGAAGCAGAAUUUUGGAAGACAAAACUAUAGGGGUAUGCAUUGGCUAGUUUUGCUUGCAUUCCUACUAGUUUUCCAUCCUUGAUAUUUGCUGUCUUACAGUGAAAACAUAAACAUCUGCUCUUUCAUCCCCUAAUUUUUUGGUGUAAAGCUCAAUAAUUUGUGAUAAUUAGUUCUGAGCUGGUUGGUUGUGCAAUAUACUUGACCACAAGAAUCAAAAUCAAUGAAAAUACUUUGUUCCUAUUUCAUUC